CAAACUUCGACAUCAAACAUCGUGCGCACUCACGUAUUGUCUCACGGCGGCUUUGUUUCUCCGUCUAGAUGGUUCAGAAUAUCGAAGACAUCCGAAUUUCUUCAAACUCUGGGUAUCCAGCACCCUGCAUCCUUGCCACGCACCCCGCUAUCACUUGCCACGCAUCUUGAGAGACUCUUUCGCGCUGGAUUCAGCCCCUCGGCCCCAUUCUCUUGACCUCUUCCCCGGCUCGCCAAUCAGUCGCCAGCCACCACGCCCAAAGGUUGAACCGUUUCCUUGCCCGUUGACCAUCCCCACUGCUCGGUGCCUAGAACAUCUCCUUUUGCAUCAUCCAAACCUGGUUCACCAACCUCCGGCUCGCAAUACUCGGGCUCUUUCAGCAGCUCCUUGUCACAUCCCUCACUCCAAUGACCACGCCAAGCGAUUCCGGUCCCAGGGACACCAGUGGUCCUGAUACGUCCCCAUCUGCACCGCUCAAGUUGGUGAUGCCCGAAGACCACAUCAACCAGGCCACUGGGGCACAUGAUUCUACAGAUCCUGCAGCACACCGUCUCGCCACGCUAGCACACGAGUCUACAGGGAGUCCAGAGAGACCUUCGUAUUCUCCUGUCACACCCACCUUGUCCCAUUCAAGUGCGGCUGCCAAUAGUGCGACUGGUGCAGCCUCGCCCCCGCCUCAAUGGGUGGAUGAAGCCGACCUUGAAGCAUUACCGCUCAGUCUUGAUGACAACCCCGAUGCCAUUGCUCUGCGAGCCGCCCUCUCCAUUCUUCAAAUUCAACGUCAGCAGGCUCUCAAGGACAUGCGAGAUCUCGAUAGAAUGAAAGCUGCUGCGCUCCAAGACCCAGAUCAAUUUGUCCUUGACCUCGAGCAAGGCAAAUUAAAUCGGCCAUCCAAUCCAGGCGUUGGUUCGGACAGUUUCGAAUCACCAGGUCAAAGUCAGGCGGAUAGCACCUCCAAGUUUGGCAGGUUUCCGACUCCGCAGAACAUAGCAAGAACGCCUCCUAUCGAGUGGAAGAAGUAUCAUAUUGUGGGGGAGCCACUAGAUCGCCUCCAUCAAGUCCAGCAGCACUACCCAGGUUUUGGUCAAGAGCCACACCCUGGAUCAGCCAAACCACAGCCACACGCAAUAGCCGCGCCUUAUCGCCCUUUUUCCGACAGGCUCGAUGACACCGAUCCUCGCAUCAAGAGUCAACCUCCGGAAAGCUAAGGCCAUUGUGCGCUGCAUGCUGUGCCUUGAAGUCAUCCCCUGAUAUCGUCCCAGUCGACCCGACAGCCAUCGUCCUUACUGACGGUGCGCCCAGAAUCAAGAUACCGUUCUCCACUUGUGUGAGUUUGGCUAUUUCUGCCUUCUAGACGUUCAAUUAUUAGCAUCCGAAGGCAUAUCAUCAAAGCGUGUGAACAACGAACCCCAUCUCUCAACUCCUCAGAGAAAUCUUGUUGAUUGCCGAGGUGUAGGCUUUGUAGCUUCUGCGAUCCUUGGCGAGCCGAAUGCGACGGCGUUUCACGCAGAGAGGGCAAUGGGGGCCUCUCAUCAUGGCCGCCUCUGUUGCAAGCCCAGAGCUGACCAGCUGCUGAUCGCCUCCCCAGUCACCGUUGGAUCUGGAUGACUGGACAAGGUCUAGAAACGUGACACAAGAGUAGCACAGCCGAUAGUUGAUCGGCAUCCAACUCCUCAACCGAACCAGGACUUUGAGCCGAUGAACUUUGGUGAUUUUCGUGGGACGGGGAAGUCUGUGCAUAGUUGGAACAGUGUCGCCUCGACGGGUAAUCAAGGCCUUUUUGAG